UUUACGAAUGUCACACAGUAGGUUCUGAGACAACUUUGAUGGAAAGAAAGAAAAAAUGGUUGUUCCCAUUUGAAAAAGGAUUCUCACGCACAGACUCACAGCAGCCAACAGCCAUGUCAAAAAAAGGACGCAGCAAGGCUGAAAAGCCUGAGGCACUGAUUAUGUCCUUACAAGCUGCCAAUGAAGAUCUCAGGACCAAGCUAACAGAUAUUCAAAUUGAGCUUCAUCAGGAGAAGUCUAAGGUAAGUAGACUUGAAAGGGAGAAAAUCCAAGAAACGAAGCGGAUCCGGGAGCUGGAGCAGCGCAAGCAGACAGUCCAGAUCACUGAACUGAAAGCAAAGCUCCACGAGGAGAAGAUGAAGGAGCUGCAGGCCGUGCGGGAGAAUCUCAUCAAGCAGCACGAGCAAGAAAUGGCACGGACAAUGAAAAUCAGAGACAGUGAAAUCCAGAGGCUCAAGUCAGCCCUGUACGCGUUGCGGGAAGGGAGCAGCGACAAAGUACGGACAGCACUGACCAUUGAGGCUCGCGAAGAGGCCAGGAAACAAUUUGACUCUGAGCGCCUUAAGCUUUUGCAGGAAAUUACCGAACUCAAGUCCGCCAAAAAGCAGGUGGACGAAGCCCUGAACAACAUCAUCCAGGCAGAUAAGAUCAAAGCGGGCGAUCUUCGGAGUGAGCACCAAUCCCACCAGGAAGCAAUCUCGAAGAUCAAAUGGGAGAGCGAGAGGGAUAUUCGCAGGCUGAUGGAUGAGAUCAAAGCAAAAGACAGAACCAUCUUCUCCUUGGAGAAAGAGCUGGAGACCCUGACUGGAUAUGUUCAGAAGCUUCAACUGCAGAAGGAGGCUUUGGACGAACAGCUCUUCUUAGUAAAGGAGGCCGAAUGUAACAUGAGCAGUCCCAAAAGAGAGAUCCCAGGCAGAGCAGGAGAUGGCUCUGAACACUGCAGCAGUCCUGACCUACGCAGAAACCAGAAGAGGAUGGCAGAGCUCAAUGCUACCAUACGGAAACUCGAGGACAGGAACACACUGCUGGUAGACGAGCGGAAUGAACUGUUGAAACGUGUUCGGGAAGCUGAAAAGCAAUGCAAACCUCUUCUGGAAAGAAAUAAGUGCCUCUCCAAGAGAAAUGAUGAACUCAUGCAGUCGUUGCAGCGCAUGGAGGAGAAACUCAAAGCAAUUGCUAAGGAGAAUUUAGAAAUGAAAGAAAAAAUGACAUCACAUCCUCCUCUGAAGAAAUUAAAAUCUCUCAAUGACCUGGAUCAAGCUAAUGAAGAGCAAGAGACUGAAUUUUUGAAGCUUCAGGUUAUAGAACAACAGAACAUAAUUGAUGAAUUGACACGGGAUAGAGAGAAACUUAUUCGCCGCAGGAAGCAUAAAAGAAGUUCCAAGCCAAUCAAGAGGCAUAUAUUGGACACAGUUUAUGGGGGUGACGAUGACUCCAUGGACUCCGAAACCUCAUCCAUGGCUUCAUUCAGGACAGACAGAACACCAGCAACUCCAGAUGAAGACCUGGAUGAAAGCUUAGCAGCUGAAGAAUCAGAGUUGCGAUUUCGACAAUUGACAAAGGAGUAUCAAGCCCUGCAGAGAGCCUAUGCAUUACUGCAAGAGCAAACAGGGGGUAUCAUAGAUGCAGAACGAGAAGCCAAGGCACAGGAGCAGCUCCAAGCUGAAGUCCAGAGGUACAGAGCUAAAAUAGAGGAUCUGGAAAAGACGCUGGCCCAGAGAGGACAGGACUCCCAUUGGGUAGAAGAUAAGCAACUUUUUAUUAAGAGGAAUCAAGAGCUUUUGGAUAAGAUAGAAAAACUGGAAAUCGAUAACCAUCGAUUGCAACAGGAGCUGCAGGAUGCCAGAGAUCAAAAUGAGCUGUUGGAGUUUCGGAAUCUGGAGCUUGAAGAAAGAGAAAGAAGGUCUCCACCAUUUAAUCUACAAAUCCACCCAUUCUCCGAUGGUGUAAGUGCUCUGCAGAUCUACUGCAUGAAAGAAGGUGUCAAGGAUGUUAGCAUUCCAGAUCUUAUAAAACAGUUAGACAUCUUGGGCGACAAUGGGAAUUUAAGAAAUGAAGAGCAAGUGGCUAUAAUUCAAGCUAGCACCGUGUUGUCCCUGGCAGAAAAGUGGAUACAGCAGAUUGAAGGGGCUGAGGCAGCUCUGCACCAGAAGAUGAUGGAGCUGGAGAGUGACAUGGAGCAGUUCUGUAAAAUAAAGGGUUAUCUAGAGGAAGAACUGGACUACAGGAAACAAGCUCUUGACCAGGCCUAUAUGAGAAUCCAGGAGCUUGAAGCCACUUUGUACAACGCUUUGCAGCAAGAAACAGUGAUCAAGUUUGGAGAACUGCUCAGUGAGAAGCAGCAGGAGGAACUUAGGACCGCUGUCGAAAAAUUAAGACGGCAGAUGCUGAGAAAAAGCAGAGAAUAUGAUUGCCAGAUCUUGCAGGAGAGAAUGGAGUUGCUUCAGCAGGCACAUCAGAGGAUCAGAGAUUUAGAAGAUAAAACUGACAUCCAGAAGAGACAGAUCAAGGAUUUAGAAGAAAAGGCCAACUUGAGUUUUCCACAGGAAGUUGCAGCCAUGCUUUCUAGAGCGAUUGGCUAUAAAGAAAAGUCCUCAAAGGGCAGAUGCUUCCAAACACAUGAAGAAGAGAACACUGUUUACAACUAUUGCAAAACAAAGCAACACUCUGUCACCGAGAGACCACAUCCACCAUGUAGUUUUAAGCCAUUACUUCAAGAUUUGUUACUUGACAGUUCCCUGUCUAAAGCUACAAGAUAUGCUGCACUUAAUAACAUUCUAUAAGGAGGGAGACAAAUAUGCCAUCAGCAUAUAUCACUAGGAUUUUUAUUUUAUUUUUUAUGGUGAAGAAUCAGCAAGCAAACCACAUCCAGCCGAUUGAGUAAAGGUAUGCCAGGCAAGGAACCAAAGUUACUAUGAACAAUCUAUCCCUGCUGUGCAGGGGGGUUAUUUUAAACACGGACACCAACUUCCCAUGAAAGUCAUUGAUAAUAAAUGGGACAGAGCAGAAGAAACGUAUCCAGGACUCUUAAGGGGACAGUGACAAUAAAACAGGUGAUGUGGAAAGUCUGGCUUUCUUAAUACAGGGACUCUUUCUCUCUCUCUCUCUCUCUCUCUCUGAUUUUAAACUCAGGAACAAUGACAGCUGCAAUGUGAACAAAAGGGGGGAAACGUUCUCUGUUUUUGUUUCAUAAUGGGUUGAAACUGACAAUGGGAUAGACGUGGUUGGAAUGUUAAUCUACUGCUGCCUGCAGUAUA